AUGAAGUCCUGGGCUUUGACAGAAAAUGAAGUCCCUUCGCCAUUCUACGAAGAUGGGUUUUCUUUCAUGUCCUCAUUCGUAAAGAGCCCCCAAAAACAGCAACCGAGCAAUAGCAGAAAGCGGUCUAGUAAGCGCAGAAAGAGGAAAAACAAGGGACGAGUCAGUUUGGAACAUUAUAACAGGGGAUAUUAUGAGUAUGGGUUGGGUCCUGGACCUAGCGUUUCAGAAUGUUUAUCUUCUCGUCAGAGAAACUACAAGCAAAAAUACGAGCAAAAGCUGUAUGAUUUGGGUUUGCUCGAGGUCGAGUUUAACCAUGUUCUGCAAGAGAGGAAGAGAAUUUCCAACGAGAAGCUCCGAACGGAUGAGAUGUUGCAAGAAACAAACAAGAUUCUUGAAAUUCGUACGAACAAGUGUAAUCAAUUGGAACAAGUGCAGAAAGAAUUUGGUAAUUUGAAAGUUGCUCUGGGCUGUGUUAUUGAAGAUAAUGGUAGAGUAUUGAAAGAAAAUGACAAGCUAUCAGAUCAAUUGAAACAAGCUGAUGAGAAAGUAGCACAUUACAUGCAGCAAUCUGAUCAGCUUAAAUGUGAAUUGGAUCUUGCUGCUCAAGAUAAAAUGGCAGUUUCCGAGGAGUUAAUGAAGACUAAGAAUUUGUUAAAACAGAAGGAGAUUGUUGAGGAGUUGAGUGGCAAAGAUGAAAAAGUUUCCGAUUGCCUUAUUUGCAUGGAGUCAUGCGUUGCUACAGGCGAUCAUAAUACUUGCUCUCUUGCCUGUGGCCACUUUUUUGGAAGGUCAUGCAUAGAAAAAUGGAUUAAGGAAACUGGUGCUAAGAUUUCUAAGUGCCCAGUAUGCCAGAGAAAAGCAAUCCUAGGUGACAUUAGAAAUCACUAUACAUGA